AUGAACGCGAGCAGCGAGGCGGAGGGCUUCCCGGGCUCCGUGCAAAUUCCAGGUGGCACAACGGUGCUGGUUGAGCUGACUCCUGACAUCCACAUCUGUGGUCUCUGCAAACAGCAGUUUAACAACCUGGAUGCCUUCGUAGCUCACAAGCAAAGUGGUUGCCAGUUGACCAGCACGCCUGGGGCGACCCCCAGCACCGUCCAGUUUGUAUCAGAGGAAACUGUGCCAGCCACGCAGACUCAGACCACCACCAGAACCAUCACAUCGGAAACCCAGACCAUCACAGUUUCAGCCCCCGAAUUUGUUUUUGAACAUGGUUAUCAGACUUACCUGCCCACGGAAAGCAAUGAAAACCAGACAGCUACUGUCAUCUCUCUCCCUGCCAAGACACGCACCAAAAAGCCUGCAGCUGCACCUGCUCAAAAGAAACUGAACUGUUGCUAUCCAGGUUGCCAAUUCAAGACUGCCUAUGGUAUGAAGGACAUGGAGCGACAUUUAAAAAUUCACACAGGAGACAAACCCCAUAAGUGUGACGUUUGCGGCAAAUGCUUCAGCCGGAAGGAUAAACUGAAGACUCAUAUGCGCUGCCACACCGGCUUCAAACCCUACAAGUGCAAGACGUGCGACUACGCCGCAGCCGACAGCAGCAGCCUGAACAAGCACCUGCGGAUCCAUUCCGACGAGCGGCCGUUCAAGUGCCAGAUCUGCCCCUACGCCAGCCGCAACUCCAGCCAGCUCACCGUCCACCUCCGGUCCCACACGGGGGAUGCCCCCUUCCAGUGCUGGCUCUGUAGCGCCAAGUUCAAAAUCAGCUCGGACUUGAAAAGGCACAUGCGUGUGCAUUCGGGGGAGAAGCCUUUCAAGUGUGAAUUCUGCAAUGUUCGCUGCACCAUGAAGGGGAACCUCAAGUCACACAUCCGCAUCAAGCACAGUGGGAACAACUUCAAGUGUCCUUACUGCGACUUCCUGGGAGAUAGUAAGGCCACGCUGCGGAAGCACAGCCGGGUGCACCAGUCGGAGCACCCGGAGAAGUGUCCUGAAUGCAGCUGCUUGUGUUCCAACAAGGCCUCCCUGCGCGCGCACAAGCGCACCCACUGCACAGACCGCCCGUUCAAAUGCAGCUACUGCAGCUUCGACACCAAGCAGCCCAGCAACCUGAGCAAGCACAUGAAGAAGUUCCACGGUGACCUGGCCAAGACCGAGGCCUUGGAGAGGAAGGACACGGCCAGGCAGAGCAGCCGGCAGGUAGCCAGGCUGGACGCCAAGAAGAUUUUCCACUGUGAUAAAUGCAACGCCUCGUUCAUGCGCGAGGAUUCGCUCCGCAGUCACAAGAGGCAUCACAGCGAAUACAGCGAGCACAAGAACGCGGACGUGACGGUGCUCCAGUUCCAAAUGCAGCCCAGCAAGCAGCCCGUCGAGCCCCUCGCCGUCGGGCAUCUCCAGGUACCUCUGCAACCCAACCACGUGCCCCAGUUCAGCGAUGGGAGGGUCAAAAUCAUCGUCGGGCAUCAGGUACCCCAGACCAACACCAUCGUGCAAGCCGCCGCCGCCGCCGCCGCCGCAGCUACCACCACGGUGAACAUCAUGCCCCCCGCCUUGGUGGCUCAGAGAACAGAGGACCUCCCCGGGAACAGCCGGCUGCAGAUCCUGCGUCAGGUCAGUCUGAUCACCCCUCCUCAGACCUCGGGGUGUCCAAGUGAGGCGGGAACGAUGGCCCAGCCGGCUGUGCUACUGACCACCCACGACCAGGCAGAGGGGGCCGCACUGCACCAGACUCUGAUCCCCGCUGCCCCCGGCGGCCCCCCGGAAGGUCCCGGUAACCAGACUUUCAUUACUAGCUCUGGUAUUACCUGCACGGACUUUGAAGGCCUUAACGCUUUGAUCCAGGAGGGCGCAGCUGAAGUGACCGUGGUGAGCGAUGGAGGCCAGAGCAUCGCUGUGGCCACUACGGCACAGCCCAUAUUCUCAUCCUCCUCCUCCCAGCAAGAGCUCCCCAAGCAGACUUACUCCAUCAUUCAGGGGACUGCCCACCCGGCUCUACUCUGCCCAGCUGACUCCAUACCAGACUAA